GAUAUUUGUAGAAUGCACCAGAAAAAAAAAUUUGUCAGUAAAGUCGGAAUUUCUCCUCCCUCCCUCUUUUUGUAUUUUACUGUUAGAUGAUAUUUUUUUUUUUAAGUUUAUAACUAUAAAACACGCAUUGCCUUUUAAUUUAUUUUUAUAAAUCUGUACUAUCACUGAUUUUUAAAAUCCAAUAUGUAUCCUUUCUAUUUCGAACAAUUUCCUACUACCUCUACCACUAUGGCUUAUCAACCUCAAUGGUCAAUUGAUGAUUAUAUUCAACUUCAAUAUUUGGCUCGUCAAGAACAAAUUCGACGUGAACAACAAAUAGCUGCUCUUCAAGCCUAUCGUGAAAAGCAACAAGAACAACUUCGUCUUCAAAAGGCUCUUUAUCAACUUCAAGUAAUGGCAGAAAUUCGUCACAAACAACAACAACAACGUCAACGUCAACGUGAAGCCGCUAUUCAAGCUUAUUAUGAAGAAAAACGAAGACAACAAGAAGAAGAAGAAGAACGUCGUAGAAUCGCUCUUCGUCGUUACCAGUCAUUCUAUGACUCUAUGUAUUCUCAACCUGAACUCAUAUUCUGUAAUUUGGAAUAUGAAAAGCCUAGUCCUGUUGCCUAUCCUUCUCCAAUGGAUCUAAUGGAGGAAGAUGAUACUACUUUAUCAUCUGAUUCUGAUUCUGAAAUUGAAACUGAGGCUGAGGCUGAGGCUGAAAACGAGCUACAGCAUCAACCAGUAGUGAACAACAACAACAACAACAACAACGAGCAAUUGGAAUCCUUGAUUAAACUCAUUUUUGGUCAACAAGAAGAGACUACUACUGAAGCUAAACAAACUCAACAUGAAGAUUAUCCAUCAAAUGAAGAAAAGAAUGAUCAACAACAGGAUCACUUCUCAACAACUGAACACGGAUUAUUGAAUGAUGAUUAUGAAGAAGAAGAAGACGAGUCUCAUUAUUAUCGUAUGUCGGAAAACCCUUCUUCUCCCCUUGAAUUAAAUCAUCAAGAAAACAACGAUAUGGCCUACGAGGGACAUGAAGAAGAAUGCAUCUCUAUGACGAUGGAGGAAAUGCCUGAAUUGGUGGAUGACAUGACAGGCUCUAUCCAAAAUUUAAUGGGCCCUAUGUCAACUCAUGAUAAUAAUAAAGAAGAAUUUACCGAGUUCCCCAAGGAAGAUCCAAUCAAGUUAAGCAAGUUUGAAAUGCUUGGCCAAAUUGAACAAGAAUUAGAUGAAAUACGUCAAAAGCAUGAAGAUCAUAUCUUACAAGCCUCAUUGGAUUUCUCACCCUCUGAAAUAAAUAGACCUCAUUCUCCAGUUACAUUAAAUGCAUCCACACUUGAAAAUCGUGAAUUUCUAGGUUAUGAAGAUAUGAUCAUGAAACUCUUACUAAAGCUGGAUACGAUUGAAUCCGAGGGAGAUGAAGAAAUCCGAAAUGAACGCAAGUCUCUAGUUAAACGUGCCGAGAGUAUGCUUGAAAGAUUAGAUGAAUACAAACAAAGGGAAUGGGAACGCGCUAGUGUUAGCAGUAACUCUAGUAAUGGUAGUCACAGCGAUGAAGAAAAUUAAACUACUAUAUUUAUCCUAUUUAUUUAUAAAACAAAACAACAACAAAAUACCCUGUCAUAAUGAAUGAUCUAGAACUUUUUUCUUUUAAAUAUGUAUAUUAAUAAAAUUAAUAAUAAUUUCUACAUUUUAA